GUGAUUGCCGCAAACUCAACGCGACCGUCAACGAGCAAACAACAUAAGCGCGCGCGCGGUCCAAGGACACGUAUAUAUCCCGGCUGGCUGGCACAUCCUGGCUCCGGUCUCCAACACUGCUCCUCCUGCUCCUCCUGCUCCUCGUGCUCCUCCUGCUCGGCCAUCCUCCAGUGCAAUGGCAAUGCUUAAUGAGGCCAGCUUGAGUCCUGCGGACGCACAUGCUCAUGCCAAUGCCACCACGCCCACGCACAGCAAGGCGGCGGCGAUGGCCAGCGCCACCACAAUGCUGACCACAAAAACGCCGUUCUCCAUCGAGCACAUAUUGUUUCAAAACUUAAAUAGUGCCAGCAAUAACAAUAAUAGUAGUGAUACCAACGGCAUCGCCGCAAACAGCAACAACUACGCGCCAAAGAGCAGCAGAAACGCGGUGAAAAGUGCCAGAAGCGCAUUUGCCCACGACAAUAAUCCGCACAAACAUCCGUCGCAACAUUCGCAUCCGCCGCAGUCACAUCCGCCGGCGUCCGCAUCCGCAUCCGCGACGGCUACUGCCCGCAGCAACCAGGCUGCGUCGGGUUACGCUGGCGAGGAUUACGCCAAGUCCUUGCACAGCACUCCACGGUCCAACCACCACUCACGACAUGGAGCUUCCCACUACAACGGAGAUCAGAUUUCGCAGCAGUUGGGAUCUGGAGCGGCACAACAUCCGCCGGUGCCCACGACUCAACCUCAACCUCCGCCUCCGCCGCCCCUAAAUGGAGGUAGUGGUGCAUCCAAUGGAGUACUCUAUCCGAAUGCACCCUACACCGAUCACGGAUUUCUUCAAAUGACCCUCGGAUAUCUCUCGCCGUCGUCGGGCACCUACAAGUCCGUGGAUCCCUAUUUUCUAUCACAAGCCAGCCUGUUCGGGGGAGCGCCCUUCUUCGGAGCGCCUGGCUGUGUGCCGGAACUGGCCCUCGGACUGGGAAUGGGCGUGAAUGCCCUGCGCCACUGCCGCCGGAGGAAGGCGCGCACGGUGUUCAGUGAUCCGCAGCUGUCCGGCCUGGAAAAGCGGUUCGAGGGCCAGCGAUACCUAUCCACGCCGGAGCGCGUGGAGCUGGCCACCGCCUUGGGACUCAGCGAGACGCAGGUGAAGACCUGGUUCCAGAACCGCCGCAUGAAGCACAAAAAGCAGCUGCGCCGCCGCGACAAUGCCAAUGAGCCCGUCGACUUCUCACGCAGCGAACCGGGCAAGCAGCCGGGCGAGGCCACCUCCUCCUCCGGGGACUCCAAGCACGGCAAACUGAAUCCCGGAUCCGUCGGCGGCACGCCCACUCAGCCCACGAGCGAGCAGCAGCUGCAGAUGUGCCUGAUGCAGCAGGGCUACUCCACGGAUGACUACUCCGAUCUGGAGGCGGACAGUGGCGACGAGGACAACUCCAGCGACGUGGACAUCGUCGGCGAUGCGAAGCUCUACCAGUUAACAUAGACAGUUCGAUCGGGAUGAGGACCUGGAUCCUAAAGUAGUAAAGUUUUCGGUGUUUUUUAGUUGGGGAAAUACAACUAAGAGGAAUUUGCUUAUCAAAAAAAUUCACUUUGAUUAAAUUAAAUUAAUUUGAUAUUAGACAAGCACAGAAGUUACAAAACAACACAUAUCUUAUCAGCGCGACAUGGUUAUACCUAUUUAAAAAUAUCUAUUAUUACGAUUUAGUAAGAACUAUAGUUCCUUAUAAUUGUGGAAACUUACCCAUGAGCUUCACAUUUGAAUUAAUUGAUUGAUUUUCACAGAUACCAUCCAGCUACUCGAGUUGUUUAGAACUUGUCCAAAAACACCUAUAUUAGUUUAUAUAUUUUGCUAUAAUCAUGGUUGUAUUUCCCCUAGAUAUUUGAAUUGAAUCGAAAAGCCGUGUAAAUACCAACGAGUUCUUGAACGAGUUUUCUAGUCAUGUAUUAAGUCUUAAACUAAUCAAAUUUAGUGAUUGUAUUCGAGAACUUCCAUUUUAAGAUACAUUAGUUCCCUGCGACUUCUUAUCCAGAACAUAGUGCUUACAAUAAACGGAACGGAGCGAAUUACGCGAA